UCACAAUACAAGAUUAUGGCCCAAACUGUAGCUGGAGCCUAAUCACUGACCCUCUAAGCACGCUCUAACAGAAGCGCGUGGAGAAGAAGGUAAUUGGGUCGUCACCGGGUGAUGAUCAUCGACAUCCAGACGGCAAAAGAUGAAUGAAUAAAGAUCACACUCUUUGAGUGCGCAGCUCCGCAACCCCCAUCCCCUCCGUUUAACGACCUCGUUCAAAAUACUGCACUCAGCUGCAAUGCCUCUGUCAACGCCCGCCGCUGUUCCACGCGCUGAUAAGGACGAUGAAAGACGCACCGCGUCGACCACCAGGCCAGAAUUCAACAGCUCCGAUAUGGAAAUCGACGACGAUGAUGAGGAAGAAAGAGGAGAGGAGUUGCAAGUGUCUUCAAAACGAAACGAUGGUAGUAAUAUUAUGGAGUCCAAGGGGCAUGUUGGACACUCGGGAUCAGAUCCGUUAAGUGCUCCUGGAAGGUCUGAAAUGAGAAUACCAUCUAAAACCCUUUAUGUAGGAGAGAGUAGUGCUAGUUUCAACUUAUGUAGUCUUCCAGAUGAGCCAUGGGCAACUCAAAGGGAGGAUCUAUGCAAAAACUACGACGGUUCCAAGUAUCCAAUAUCUGGAAAAAGGCCUGCGAAUGAAAAGGCAAUCCAAGAAUAUGGGGUUAAUGGACAAGAUGCUCGAGUCAUUUUUGAAAGAAAGGCCCAUGAAGACCACCAUGAACAGCAUACUAGUAGCACGGUCAAUGAGAUUAUGUAUGAGGCUACUAAUCUAAUAAGUGUUGAUGGCAAAGAGAUAGCUAUCAAUGAUGUUAUUUCAAUACUGGGCAGAUAUCACUCAGGUGUCGGAGUUAGUAGUCAUCUAGGUUUUGAGCAAAAAAGCAAGCAAAUGGGCAUGCAAACAGAGGAUAAUAAGCGGAGUAUGAAGUCAAGAUCUUCUGCUCCGCAAACUAGUACUGGAAGUCUGUACCCUGGUGCUGAGUUUAAUAGCGAGAACAAACGCCCUGCGCUUAUUUGUGACUUCUUUGCUAGAGGGUGGUGUGUCAAAGGAAGUUCAUGUAAAUUUAUUCACAUAAAAGAUAGUGGUAGUAAUCCUAGCCAACAAUCUGAGGAAGAUGCAGCUGAAGCAGAUGAGAAAAUAGCUGUUCAGCUUGAUGAAGGUAUUCAAAAUACUGCUGAAAAAUCAAGGCCACCUUCACCCGGUUCUUCUGACAGAUUGCCUUCAUCAGCUAGAAAUAGGACAACAUUAUCUCCUUUAAUCCAGAGUAAGGAUAAAUCUAUUGGAACUUCCCUUGGCUCUCAACAGUUUCAAGCAUCUACAGAUGAUUCCGAGCCAUCUAAGGAUGUAAGACAAACCAGUAUAGGUAAGAGUUUACCUGCGGACAAUUAUGUCAAGCCUGGUCUGCUGAGUGAUAGAGGUAGUUCUACCUUCGGGAAUGGUUUUCUUCCUAAGCAUAUACCUUAUUUAAGUGGCUCGGAUACAUAUCUGGGCAAUACAUAUAAAGAGAACCAAAAAUAUCGUGUCUCAACAUGGCUAGCAUCAUUACCUUUUAGUUCUUCUUCAAGCGCAUGCUCUGUUGAUGCUCAAAAGAUGUUGAAGAAUGAUAGAGAACACCAUACUUCCCGUCCAUCUUCUUUGCUGCGAGGCUUUUCCUCCUUAUCUAGUUUUGAACCAGAAAACUUUCCUGCAACUGAUAUUGCUAAGGAUCCAUUGCACUUCGCCGAAUAUAGAAUAAAAAUUUCUUCAGAAGAUUGGGAACCAUCAGUACCUUUUCGACCAUCCUUUUUUAUCACUUUUGGCCCAUCAUCCCCUCGACGCGAGUAUGAUCCUCUUCGUGAUAGCAUUGAUUUGUCCAAUGUAGGGGAGAGGUCUCUUAAAUUUUCUUUCUCUAGUCAAGGUCCAUCCCUCCUGGAUGUAGCAUAUCCACCAACAUAUGAUGAUUCUACAUCAGCAGGGCCACUGGUCCCUGCAUGUAAUGCUGAUAAAAUAACUGCAUCUUGCCAUGGUAGAUAUGUUGAAAAUUUGGUCAAUAACAAUUGCUACACUUCUGGGAAAGAUUCAACAACUGAUGCAAAUGAUUGGACCUCUGCUGCUGACAUGCAAAAUGGAACGCUGGUUAAAGAAGAGAUUUCAUCGGUUGCUUCUCAUGUCAAAGACAUUUCAAAGACGAGCAAAGCUGAUACUGAUCGUGAUGCUAGACAUCGAAGGGAUGGGUUUAGAUGCAAAAAGGACUUGAAAGUAGAUAGAGUUAGAGAAAAGAAUGAAAUAGAUAUUGAGCAUAAGGCAGAUGGGGAGGCACUCAAAGAAUCUAAAGCAAUGAGGCAUUUCCAUGCUGCUCUUGUAGAUUUAAUUAAAGAACUUUUGAAACCAACUUGGCGUGAGGGUCAUCUCAGUAAAGAUGCCCAUAAUAGAAUAGUCAAAAAAGCAGUUAACAAGGUUAUUGGCACCGUGCAACCUCAUCAAAUUCCACUUACCUUUGAAUCAGUUAAGCAGUAUCUUUCAGCAUCCCAAUCAAAAAUAGCAAGGCUUGUUCAGGAUUGGCAGUUCUGAGAUAAAACAGACAAAAAGGGGCGUUAUCGAUUUUCAUCGGUUAAAACUUGCAGGGAUCUAUGGACUAUGGAGGCUCGACGGCAAUUUGAUCUUCUUAUUUUUGUUGGGUGGAUUUACCAAUGAAGCUGGUGAAGUAAAACAAUGAAGCAGCUCUCUUAUUUUUAGAUUUUAGUGGAAUCUAAUGAUUAUAUUUUGCUGUUAUUUGAUCAGGAGACAAUCUAUCUUUCAUUCAUUGCAUGAGCUUCUGUAGCCGUAUCCAUUGCUUUCAAUUAGUGGUAUGUUCGAUUGGUUCAUUUAAUAUUUGCCGAAUGUUAUUGUCUGGAUAUAUUUUUAAAAGAAAAAAACUUGCCUGAUUUUGAUGCUUA